UACAUUUCACCUCUCUGAUUAACAGACUUAGUGUUUGGCUGCUCUCCAGGAUAUCCUCGCUGCUGUUUAACUUAUCUUGCAUUCUUAAUUCACUUUAGAUUGUAGCAUCCGUCCACUGUACUCUAGAGUAAUCCAAGCAGAGAUUUCCAUCAAAUACUGCUCAGCAGGAAAUAACCAUUAAACAAAACGGCCUUAUCACCCUCUUGCAGGUAGUCUCUUUAAUUAACUGCGCCUCCACUCCUCAGCACCUCAAACUCGGGGGGCGUUAAGACCCAGCAGAUACAAUAGUGAACAUCUGUCGCCUCGGUCUCCACAGUAUGAAUUGCGCCUAGGCUCCAGUCUGAAGACACACAGGCAGCGGCAGGCAGGCCGGCACAGCGCGGACGGACUGGAGUGGUAUUCGGGAUGCGAACAGAUGCCGCUGGACUAUGAGAGAAAGUGGAGUCAACCGCACUGAACCGCAGCGAUAAGACAGCGCGCUGCAAAAUGAAGACACCUAUGCGCCAUGGGAUAGCCGUGCUCCUCGUGCUUCUCCUGUGCGCCAGCUUGUUCCUCGUGUACAACGGCAGCUUCAACGGCGCUUCCAGGGACGCUAACGACACGCGUAUCCGACAGCAUGAACAGCUGCGGCGGCCCACUGAAGCCUCCGUCAGGGUGGCCAAGCCUCACCCCCCAGUCCUCCAGGGAUACAGUGGCAUCAUCGACCAUAAGCCUCCCAGGAUGCACUGCCAGACUUGCGCCCUAGUGACCAGCUCAGGUCACCUCAGCGGAGGCAGUCGGGGGGAAGAGAUCGACCGGGCCGAGUGCGUCAUCCGCAUGAACGACGCUCCCACUGCCAGAGGUUACGCCCGCGACGUCGGCCGCCGCACCUCCCUGCGUGUCAUCGCUCACUCAAGCAUGCAGAGGGUCCUGCGGAGUCGCCACGAGCUGCUCAACGCCAGCCAGGACACAGUGUUCAUCUUCUGGGGCCCCAGCAGCUACAUGAGGCGUGACGGGAAGGGCCUGGUGUACAACAACCUGAGGCUGAUGAACCAGGUGCUGCCCAAACUCAAAGUGUACAUCAUCUCCUGGCAGAAGAUGCUGCAGUUUGACGAGCUCUUCAAGAAGGAGACCGGCAAGGACAGAAGGAUAUCGAACUCUUGGCUGAGCACCGGCUGGUUCACCAUGACCAUCGCCCUGGAGCUGUGCGAUCGGAUCAAUGUCUACGGCAUGGUUGCCCCUGACUUCUGCAGGGAGCCUCAGCACCACUCAGUCCCUUACCACUACUACGAGCCACGUGGUCCAGAUGAGUGUGCCAUGUACAUUUCUCAUGAGCGUGGGCGGCGGGGAAGCCACCACCGCUUCAUCACAGAGAAGCGGGUCUUCGCUAAAUGGGCACGGACUUUUGACAUCCACUUCUACCAGCCGGACUGGAGCCCUCCGCCUCUCCCAGCCAACCAGACGCUGGAGGGGACGGUCACAGCGGCACCCCUGGUACCCCAGAAGACGUGACCUGUGUUGGGGUGAAGAAAAUGCUUUAGAGAUUCAUCUAAGAAAGAGUGAGGAUGGGGGACAUUUGCACUAAGGACUGCUGGACUCCUAACAGAAGAAUAAAACGUGUAGUAGGCAAGAAAAAUAGUUACCUAUAAACUGUGAGUCGUGUUGAUCCUGCUGGGCAUUUGUUAUGAGCAUUUCUCCAGCUUCACCACUGCUUCUCCAGCAGUGUGUUCUGUUUACCGAGGUGAACCAGAUCAAACUUUGUACAUCCCUUGUACAACUUGUAAAGUGAGUUUAUACAAGGAGGCAACAUCAUUACACACUCCACUCGCAAUGCAUGCAUGCUGUGUCUUACUGUGGAUUCUUUGUGUGUGUGUGUGUGUGUGUGUGUGUGUGUGUUUUUACCUGAGGGAUCACAGAGGAUACAAACAUUGAGUUUGGGCUCUCUGCAAAGCCUCUGCUGGAUGAAGGAUCUAUGCAGGAUUCACCACUUACAGUUCACUGAAAGAAAACUACCAUUACAAUGCCCGUAAUCUAACAGUGUAUUGGCUAUUUGAAGUGUGAAUCAUCACUGUUUUUUCAUAUUGAUUCAUAUUCGUCUUGAGGUCAAGUUGGAUGAGCUUCUUAAGACCCCUGUCUCGUGCAACAAAGGCCUCAAACACCUUUUAAAAGCAGAUAUGAAUCACUUCCCUGACUUUCAUUUUUACUGUCUUUCAGAUAUGUGCAUUGUAAGCUCACACAAGUCAAACUUUGCAAUGCAGCACUUCCUGGCUGAGUGACAAGUGUGUAACAUUAACCGAGAGGUUUUAUCUAAUGCGUGUGCGCCCGUAUGUAUGUAUCAAAAGGCUUUGUUGGCUCCUGUCACCACUUAAUAGCGCGAUUUAUAUAGCUACAAGCUGGAUUUCCAUGUAAAUGCACAGCCAUGUCACACAAGACAAGUGGGAGAUUAAAAUCGAAAGCAGGGAUGCAGCAGCGCCAUCCAUCCUACUAUACAGUAUAUAUCUGCUGCCCGAAUCGCCUCGUAGAAGAAUUACACUGUUUUUCUGUUAAACUGAUGAGUAUGUGAUCUGUCAGUCUUUUCCUCUCUCGGUCUGGAUUGUGUUUUAUGUACACUCUCCUCUCAUUUAAUGGAGUAUAUAUGCUGCUUGUAGACUGUCCCUUCCUCUCUUUGAGAUCCUCUAUUUUCCCCUCUUCCCUCCUCUAUGAAUAAGAAUGAGGUGUUGGUCUGGAGAAAGUGAUGAGACAUGUGGUUAUCUUAAUGAUACAUCCUGGUGCUAAGUCCCUAUUGAUUUUACCCUCAUCUCUGUAAUGUGAGUAAUGAGAGGAGGGAUGAUGUUGGUCAGAUACAUAGGUGCUCACACAAGGACGUGUUUCACAACACGUUUCCUCGGCGACGAAGACGUGAUUACUUUUCAUACAUCACAAACAGCUGCAGGGGUGCUGCUGCUGUACUGAGAGUCCUGCUGCCGACUUUGUGCUGUAGCAAAGACUAAUAUAUGAGUUGUUUUCGAGAGACUUAUCAGUGAAUGGCUGUGCACAACGGUCUGUAUUAGUAAAGUGAUAAGCACUUGAAUAUUUUUUGUUUUUUGCCUAAUUAACCUCACAGUAUGUCGUUUGGGGCUGUGACUAUUUUCAUUUUAGAUUGUUUGGUCUAUAAAAAGUCAGAUAAUAGCGAAAUAUGUACAUCACAAGUUCUCAGAGCCCAAGGUGACAUUUUUAGAUUGCUUGUUUUAUAUAUAACAGUCCAAAACCUAAAGUUAUUCAGUUGCCAUUAUAUAGAACAGAAAAGCAGCAAUUUCUCACAUUUGACAAGGUAAAACCAGUGAAAUAUGUGAAUUGUCCACUUCAUGAAGAAGCCAUACCUAGAGAUUGGCAUGGGGUACUUUCCAUAAGAUCAUCUCUCAAUGCAAAUCAAACCAGCUAUUAGGCUA